CUAGCACCUGGAAGGAGGAGCCGCCAUGGUUUGCAUUCCCUGCAUCGUCAUCCCUGUCCUGCUGUGGGUCUAUAAAAGGUUCCUGGAGCCCUAUCUCUACCCCAUCAUCUCGCCUUUCAUCAAGCGCCUGUGGCCCAAGAAAGCCGUGACGGGAACAGUAAAGGAAGACCAGAAGGGCAGCUUUGGAGACGGACCUGAGCCAGCGGCCGCACAUGAGUGUUCCACGGAUGAGGUUGAACUUUCUAAAACCAAAGGCAAUGGGGUUGCCAACGGAUACGCCGGAAAUGAGCCUACCGAGACGUCCGACAAAAAGAUGGAUUAA